AUGAUCCAAAACCGGGAAGGUACUGUUAGAGCCUUAGGAAGUGGGAGUCCAUGGAGUGUCCGGAAGCAGGUAGGAACAACACUUAAACAAAGGCAGACAUGCUUCACUCACAGGAAACCAGGUUUCGGAGUAUCUUUCCUGCAGAAGACCCCCUCUUCUCCAGUCCGCUGCCACGCUACAGGUUUCUUCUCCAGCAGAGCUGAGAUGUUUUGGUGGAAAGAUGGAGAGGAGAUUCAUGAUUAUGUGGAGCAUGGAGAGAUCCUACCAAAUGCUGAUGGGACCUUCCAGAUGAGUGUUGAUCUGAAAAUUAAACACUCUCUGGAGUUUGAUCUCAUGCUGUCAUCUGGAUUCCCAAAUGUCCCAGAAUAUGUGGCCAUGGAAAUUCUUGAUGGAGUUAUUAUAGCUUACUACGACAGCGAUAUUAAGACAGGACAAACAAGGUUAGAAUGGGUUAGAAAGUUAAUGCAGAAUAACUCCCAGCACUGGGCGAUGCAUUUGCAGAACUGCAUACACUAUCAACAGGUCUUCAAGGUGGAAACUCAGAGUUUUCAGCAGAGCUCAAAUCAAACUGGAGGUGUCCAUAUUUUUCAGGGGAUAGGUGGCUGUGGACUGAACAACAAGACUGCGAAGCUUACUGGUAUUUUGAAGUACGGUUAUGAUGGAGAAGACUUUCUUGAAUUUGAUUUAACUCAACUAAAAUGGAUUGCUCAGAGAAAAGAGGCUCUCUCUCUUUCUCAGCUUUGGAAUGAGGAGACACAGAGUCUUUUUUAUAACGCUGAUCUCGUCACAAAUCAAUGCAAUCAGUGGCUCACUGGCUCCUUGAUUGCUGGACAAAGCACUCUGUUAAGAACAGAUAACCCCUCAAUGUCUCUCCUUCAGAAGACUCCCUCCUCUCCAGUUAGGUGCCAUGCCACUGGUUUCUACCCAGAAAGUUUCUUGAUGUUCUGGAGGAAAGAUGGAGAGGAGAUUCAUGAGGGUGUGGACCAUGGAAAUGUCCUCACCAAUCAGGAUAUUACUUUCCAGUAUUAUGUUGAUCUGGAUAUUUCAUCAAUCCCACCUCAAGACUGGAUGAGAUAUGACUGUGUAUUUCAGUUUACUGGUGCUGAGGACAGAAUCAUGGUUAAGCUGGAUAAAACAUUGAUCAAGACCAACAGGGAUGAAUCAUCUCAGACAACAAUUAUCAUCAUUGCUGUAGUUAUUGUUCUGAGUGCCAUCAUCAUCAUCAUCAUUGCUGUAGGAUUUGCUGCUUACAAGAAGAGAAAUGGUGAGUGA